UGUCAAACGUUCAGCUUCAUCAUGUCCACCGACGUCUUGUCACAUUUUGGGGUUCUUGACGAACUCAUACAGGUUAUCUACCAGGGCUUCGAUCGAUUUGUCGUACUAUCACAAGUAACCGAAUCUGCAUGGUCGAUUUACUUGGGCCUCAAGGGACCAGAAGGCAGGUGGUGGCGAGGCUCGUGGUCCACCAAACAUAUCCUUAACAGCACCAACGGUGUGCAAUCAGGCCCUCAGGUUGAGAACUUCGCUGAAAAGCUUCGGGCGGCAUUUGUAAAUGGUGACCUCACCAUUGGAGAAUGGACUGAGAAAGACUCGGACAUCAACCUCACUUUUGGGCCAACUGCCAAGCAACCAUUGCACAUGGCCCUAAAAGAACUGUCCGCAGCCGAAGCUGCGUCUCAUGCAACCGCGGUGUUCACUGAAAUUGCAUUACAAGCUCAGUCCCGCAAAUGCCAGCUGAACCCCCUUUUCUCGCCCCGUAAUGUCACCGUUAUCGCAGAGUCAUCCCACGCCAAUACAGCUUCAACGCUUCCGUCGAAACGCGCACCCUUAGACCUGAGUCAGGUCCCUGUCCCUACUGUCAAUCAGGCAGCUGAACGGAAGAUUAAAGCUCUUCAAGCGGAACUUGCUCGUUCAAAGGAAAGGUCCCCGGCAGGUGAUAUGAUAUCCAAACCUUCAGCAAGUGCCCGACCUCCGAAGGGCGCAUCUUUGGCCAAUCCGAAUAAAAAGGCAAGGAAGUACCAAGCUCUCGAAUUCGAGAGUGAUGAAGACUAGUCAGCUGUGUAUAUCACAUGGGCCGGAAAGCAUAAAUAUUUCACUGGCGCCUGGGCAUUGGCCGGAUCCUGUCAUUGCCAAGUGCUGCGGUGUCACUGACAACAGGUUAUAAGUAAAAUACCUUUUAAGCUGAGUUAGCCUAAUGGCAAGCAUCUUCCAACUUGUACGACAAUGUAUGUUACGACUCAUAACGUUAACGGCGAUUCUUCCACGGAUGGCCUUAUCCCGAUCAAGUGGGCUUGCUGGUGCUUGCUCUGAUGGAAGUCCACUCCAAAGACUAGUAGCAAUUAGCAUGCUCCGUGACUUUUACCGAAUAAGAACAUAGGGCAACUCCCGAAAUAGACCAUAU